AGUAAUGGAGAAAUAUUUCAAAAGAAAGCUACCACUAGAAUCUGAAGUCACUCCAUUAGUCUCUUCUAAUAAAAAGAAGUUCUUAGAAUUCAAUGUGGAAAGUCUGGUAGCUGAUCCUGGACAACGACCCAAAAUUUCAAAUUAUGAUCCAAAUGUUAGAGAUGAAGUUAGACGAGCUUAUUUGCAAAAAGGUCCUUGUCAACCAAGAGAAAAUGAUUUUCCACAAACAUAUUUUGGAACUUCUCUCCGUAUAUUUAAUGCUGAUUGGUUUGAUGAAUUUGGCAAUUGGUUGGAAUAUAGUAUUUCAAAAGAUGCUGUAUUUUGUCUCUGUUGCUAUCUUAUGAAACCUGAUGGUGCAAGUGGUGAUGCUUUUGUAAAAGAGGGCUUUUCAAAUUGGAAAAAGAAUGAGCGAUUACAAACACAUGUUGGAAAUCAUGAUAGUGCUCAUAAUCAAGCUCGAAGAAAAUGCGAAGCACUCAUGAAGCAAAAACAACAUAUUGAAGUUGUUUUUCAAAAGCAUUCAGACCAAGCUAAAAGAGAUUACCGAACUCACUUAACAGCAACAAUUGAGUGCAUUAGGUUCUUAUUGCGACAAGGAUUGGCCUUUCGUGGUGAUGAUGAAUCGCACAAUUCAAAUAAUCAAGGUAAUUUUUUGGAGCUUCUUGACUUUCUUGCUCAACAUAAUACAGAGAUUGAUCGUGUUUUCAAAAAUGCUCGUGGAAACCUUAAGCUAGUAGCACCUAAAAUUCAAAAAGAUAUUGUUAGAGCUGCUGCAAGUGAAACUACUAAAGUUAUUAUUGAUGAUCUUGGAGAUGAUUUAUUUGCUGUUUUAGUUUAUGAAGCUCGAGACAUUUCUGUUAAAGAGCAAAUGGCUGUUUGUUUGCGGUAUGUGAACAAAGAAGGGAUUGUAAUGGAGCGAUUUCUUGGCCUUGUCCAUGUUUCUAGCACAAAUGCGUUGUCAUUAAAAGUAGCUUUGGAAUCUUUAUUAACAAAGCAUAAUUUAAGUUUAGCAAGAAUACGUGGACAAGGUUACGAUGGAGCUACUAAUAUGCAGGGAGAAUUUAAUGGCUUAAAAAGUUUGAUCUUGAAAGAAAAUGCUUGUGCUUUUUAUGUUCAUUGUUUUGCUCACCAACUUCAAUUAGCACUUGUGGUUGUUGCAAAGAAACAGGUCAAAAUUGCACUACUUUUUAAUUUGCUUGCUAGUUUGUGCAAUAUUGUUGGAGCUUCUUGUAAACGUAAAGACAUGCUUCGUGAAAGUCAAAUACAAAAGACAAUUGUUGCAUUACAAAAUGGAGAUGUUUCUAGUGGGCGUGGCUUAAGUCAAGAAACAACAUUGAAAAGGGCAGGUGAUACUCGAUGGGGCUCACAUUAUGGUACAACACUUAGCUUGAUUUCUAUUUUUUCUUCCGUGGUAGAAGUUCUUGAAGUUAUUGAGGAAGAUGGAAAUAAUCCUGAACAAAGAGCUGAAGCAUGCCAAUUAUUGAAUCAUAUUCAAUCUUUUGAAUUUGUAUUCAAUUUACAUUUGAUGAAAAGUAUAUUAGGAGUUACUAAUGAGUUGUCUCAAGCUCUACAAAGAAGUGAUCAAGACAUUAUAAAUGCUAUGACAUUGGUUAAAGUGUCCAAGCAACGAUUGCAAAGUAUAAGAGACGAUGGUUGGUCCUCUUUGCUCAACGAAGUUUUACUAUUUUGUGAUAGUCACAAUAUUCUUGCUCCAAAUAUGAAUGAUAUAUUUGUAACACAAGGAAGAUCAAGGCGCAAAAUCCAAAAGGUCUCAAACUUGCAUCAUUUUCAAGUUGAAUUAUUUUAUCAAGUGAUUGAUAGACAACUUCAAGAGCUUAACAAUCGUUUUACAGAGGUAAAUACCGAGCUACUUCUUUGUAUAGCUUGUUUGAAUCCAAGUGACUCAUUUUUUGCAUUUGAUAAGGAGAAGUUGCUUCAUUUAGCUGAAUUUUAUCCACAUGAAUUCUCUUCUACUCAACUUUUGGCACUUGAUAGUCAACUUGAGAAUUUUAUAUUAGAUAUGCGUCUUGAUGGUCAAUUCUCAAAUAUAAAUGGAAUCAGUGGACUAUCUCAAAAGUUAGUUGAGACAAAAAAGCAUAUUGUUUAUCCAUUGGUAUUUCUUCUAUUGAAAUUAGCUUUGAUUCUACCUGUGGCAACAGCAUCAGUUGAGAGAACAUUUUCUGCUAUGAAUAUCAUAAAGAGUCGACUUCGUAAUCGAAUGGGAGAUGAGUGGUUGAAUGAUUGUUUGGUUACAUAUAUAGAAAGAGAGACAUUCAAUCAAGUUGAUAAUGAAACAAUUAUUCAACAUUUUCAAAAUAUGAAAACAAGAAGAGAAGUACCUUCAAGAUUUGAAGCGAAGAAAGUUAGCAGCUAA